AGUUGGGACCACCGCGCGGGGGUAAAAAGAAAAAGAGAAAAAAAAGUAACAGCCGGCCAUUUGCAGAAUUUUGUCGUGCGGGAUUUUCUUGAAGCCCAAACUUGACCCGCUGUAGCUCACUGUGGACACGAGCAAAUCCCAAAAGUGCCCCCAAUUGUUGUACAUUACCCCGAGGUGGUGCUUGUGGUGGAAUUAGGUGACGCAGCACACGACUGGGGCAUCCGUGGGUGGGAGAAAAUCAUGGGAGCAUGAGCGAAGGGAACGGUUCUGCAAUGUCUGGUCCCCACGGACGCUUGGGACAGCCACCAAACACCUCAUGGAAUCACCUUCAGGUCCCCUCGUACAUUCCGCGGCAGCCGCAGCUGGCACACCUCUCUAAUGAGCGCCCCAUGACCUGGCAUACGCCAACCCCGCCGCCCACAGACGCACUCUACUCCUUCAUGGCAGCUAAUCACAAGAACCAGCCCCUCGACUUGAAUCCCAUGAUGCCGAAUUUUGCAUCAAAUUCCGCCCCAUUCAGCGGCACAAUGGACCUCACGGUGGCCUCGUCUGUGCGCAACAGCACCUCCCCGCGGAAUCUCCACUCACCCCCGCAGAAGCACGCGAAUGUCUCGCCCAAUCCCAGCGUCAUCCAGACCGUGGGGAAGGAGAAGAAUAAUGGGGAGCUGGGUGGGGGGACGCUGUUUGUGCGCGAUGCAAAGCAAAUAAACAACGAUGUGGCCAAAUUGACGAGCAUCACGGAGCCCGUGGAGUUGGUGAAGUUGGAUCCGCAGCAGACGCUCUUUAAGAAUCACGCACCCAAAUGCAACAGCCCCGUUCAACCGCCGGCGGCUCCAAUGCGUCAGAGUCCCGCCCCGAGUGUCUCACCGCCCGUUGUGAAUCAGCCGAAUGAUCUGAGUUCGGCAUCAACGGGCGCCAGUGAUCUCCUCACACCGCCCCCACCGGCCGCCGCGGAGGUAGUUCAGGUGUCCCCGGCUACGGCUCAAUCAGAGGAUUCCGUGGAUUCAAGUGGGGGCAGGAAGAGGCGCAAAAGGAAGCCCAAUAAGACAACACGAAUGGAGAAUGAGCCAGAAGAGGAGCAGCAGCAGCAGCAGCAGGAAGUUGAACAGAGACCACCUGUGGGAACUCCUCCAGCUGCUGCAGUAGGUGUGCCAUGCCCAGAGAAGGCUCCAGAGCCAUCCGCCGCCACCGCCGUCGUUGACUCAGAACCGCGGGAAGUGACAGAGAGUCCGGGAAAGCGUGUGGAUGCCACGAGCCCCAGGAGACGAAGCCGGAGAAAAGGGGCUGAUGAUGCAGAACCCGUUGAGACGAUUGAUAUGAUUGCAAAUACGGAGGAAGCACCGCCGGCGGCUAAACAACCAGAAGAAUCAAAGCAGCCGCCGCCACCGCCUGAAAAGACGCCGGAAAAGAGUCCGGAAGAGGGGCAGGAGAAGCCCCCACAGGAGAAUGGCGAGAAGGUUCAGGAGGCAACAAAUGCCAACUUCGAUGAGGUGGAGAAUAAACUCGAGCAGAUGUUUGCAGGAAUUGAUGAUCGGCCAACUCUAACAAUCAAUUUGACCCCAAUUGAUGCGGCGGCUGUCUCAGCAGCAACGAGCAAGCCUGGCCCCAAACCGGGUGGCCGGAAGCGUGCCCUGUCAAUCGAUGUGGACAUAAUGAGGCCCAAAAGGAAACGGGGCCGAAAGCCGGGAGCCACGAAUAAGGCCGCCGCCGCGGCUGCUGGAGACAAAGCCAGCGGUGGGGUGAAGCGGAAAAAGGGACGACCAAAGGCAGGGGCUGCCAGUGAAGUCACCACAGUGGCUGAGACACCUUCACUGCCAGCUAUGCCACGCUUUCGGGGUCCCUUUGUGCAGGUCCGGGCAUCAGGGGUUGUGUCGGUGAUCAAUACGCCGCAGACGGAGGAUGAUGGGGAGCGCAAGGGGCGCCUCCAUAGCCAUGCAAACAGUGAGAGGCGCAAAAUCCGGGGGCUGCACGUGAGUACGUUGAGCACAAAGUACGACGCCGACACGACGGAUGCAACGUGGAUGUGUGUCUUUUGCAAAUUUGGACCGCACAAAAUGGGUCUGGGGGAUCUCUUUGGGCCCUACACCGUCUCAACCACGUGCGAGGAGUUCCAGCUGAGUCAGAUGGAGCCCACAAUGGAUGAGUUUAAGAGUAAACGCACGAAAGCCACAAUGGUGCAGAGGAAGCCCCAUUGUUUGCCAGCUGUGGCCGCUGGGGAUGCUCCAGGGGCGUCAACGUCUGGGGGGAGUCAGAAGAAGAAGAAGAAGCAGGAUGUGGCUGCAGUUCCGGACAUUUUUGCCGGAAUGGGACGCCUGAGUGAGGAAGCGCUGGAGGUGUGGCUGCAUGAGGAUUGUAUCGUGUGGGCACCGGGUGUGUACAUUGUGGGGGCGCGUCUUGUGGGGCUGGAAGCGGCUGUGUGGGGGAGUACGCGGCAUUCGUGCGUGCUGUGCACGAAAAAUGGGGCAACUCUCGGGUGCCUGGAGCGUGGCUGUGGCGACAUGAUUCACCUCCCGUGCGCACGGCAGAGCAACUGGAGCCUCCGUGAUGAUGACUUCAAGAGCCAUUGUUCCCAUCACGUACCCCGGGCCCCCGCAGAUGGGGCCCGCGUCAAUGGGCAGGCCUAGGAGUGGAGGAGACGAAGAAAAAAUUGUGAAUAGUGACAAACAGACAUUACUUAAAUAUUUUUAAAUUAUUCUCAUUGGACGCAAAGAAAGCGAAGAUAUUCCGUAACAAAAAAAAAAUACUUUAAAAAAAUCUCUAGAAACUUGUGUGAAAAUUAUCAGAAAAGCUGGGGGAAAGAUCAGAAAAAAAAGAAUCGAAUAAUUGAGAUUUUCUUCCGGACUGACGGGGCAUUUUUCUCAUGGAAGGGAAAUGCGUGUAAGAUUUUCCUUUUGGGGGAGAAUUAUUUUGUAUUUGUACACUGAUUAGUUGUUUAGGAAUGUAAGGGGGAGAGUCAGCUGCAAAGGGCCGCCGGAAAUCUUGGCUCUGGGGAUCUAAUUCAAAAAUAAAAAAAGCUCCUGUAAA